AUGAGCACUCGCCUAGAUCCACAGAACUCCCAAGCUUAUGUCGAUCUGAUCGACAAGUACGAUACCUGGCUUUUCGACUGCGACGGAGUGCUCUGGCGCGGCGAUACUGUCAUAGAGGGAAUCAAAGAAGUUCUGGCACUCCUACGGAAGAAGAACAAACACAUCCUGUUUGUCACAAACAACGCUACUAAGUCCCGAGCAAACUACAAGAAGAAGUUCGAUAAGCUUGGAAUCCAGGCUGAAGUGGAUGAGGUCUUUGGCUCUGCCUACGCCACUGCCGUAUAUGUGUCGACCAUCAUGAAGCUUCCGAAGGAUAAGAAGGUGUUUGUUGUGGGAAUGAAGGGUCUGGAAGAAGAGCUCGCGGAGGAGGGUAUCUCAUUCAUCGGCGGCACGGAUACCUCAUACAACACACUUGUACCGCCUGAAGAGAAGAUCGAGCCCGAUCCAAGGGUUGCUGCUGUCGUUGUUGGCUUGGACAUGGCUAUCAACUAUUACAAACUAUCGGUCGCCUUCCGGUAUCUGCAUUCCAAUGCCGCGACUGCUUUCAUCGCUACCAACGCCGACUCCACGUACCCAUCAGACAAAGGGCUUCUACCUGGUGCUGGCGCUGUCUGGUCACCGCUGACCACCGCCCUCGGCCCUUCCCGCCCACCAACCGUCAUCGGCAAGCCGAAUGUGCAUAUGAUGGACGCUAUCAAAGCGAAGCACCAUAUUGACCCGGCACGCUCAAUUAUGGUCGGAGACAGGCUCAACACCGACAUCGCAUUUGGUCAAGCGGGCGGUCUGGCCACGCUCCUCGUUCUUACAGGUAUCAUAUCUGAAGCCGAUCUCGUCGGGUCAGCUAUUACCCCGGACUAUGUGACACCAUCCUUGGGAGAUCUUCGCGCGGCGAUAGAGCAAUAG